AGGUUCACAGCUCACCAACCACUACCCCAGAGGGAAUUUAUAAGAGGCAUAAGCUUAUUUAUAUCAAUAAUGCAAAGUUGUUUCACAAAAAAGGACUUUUUACACUUGCUGUUAAUUUACAGAUACUUUUACAGUGUAACAAAUGUCUGUUUAUUACAGCACUGAUAUAAUGAACCCUCAAUGUAGGUGCUGUUUAGAGCAGGUUACUGUACAUUUCACAGUGUGCUUUUUAAAGUGUGUCCUAUUCAUGCAACAGUAAUCUGUCAGUAUUGUUGAUAAAUCCGAUAAAUAAAUCAGAAUUGUGCGUGAAGCGCACGCACCACAAUUAGCCACUUCUGCUAAUCUGUAUUCCAGACUAAUUAGCGACUCGAGCGGCUGCGCUCGUGCCCGUUUAUCGUUUAUCGCGCAUUUUUGCGCCUAAAAAACUCAAAUCUUCAUCCGUUCCCUAACUCCUGCGUUCCCGCCAGCGCCCGUUACCGGCGCCGCUCCGCGCGCACAGGUGUCCCCCGAUUCCCGGAACGAGCGAGUGACGAAUCCCGAGUUUCUAUGGAGAUCCGUAGGUGCGCGCGCUCGGCUCCUAGUCAACUGGCUGGCAGAGCGCGCGAGGCAGAGAACAGCGCACAGCGCACGCAGGCGGGCGGCGGAUCGGCGGAUGGGCUGGAGUGUCGCGCGCUGCCGCCUCGUAAAUGAAGCGCUUUGAGGAUGAGGACGGUUGGCUGUGCUGCUGCGCUCGAGCUCACUGGGGUGUGGAAAUGCUGUGAAUAAAGCCACUGGCAGCGGCAACUGGUCGAGGGAUUCAACUGGUUGUCUCAACUACCCUUCCUCUAUCUCUCUCUCUCUCUCUCUCUUCCUCUCUCUCUUUCUUUAUUUCUUUCUUUCCAUUUCUCUCUGCAUCUCUAUCUGUCUCUCUAUCUCUCUAUCUCUGGCUUCCCUUCAAGAGCUCAAACAUGCUGCAUCCUUCAAGGGAUGACAAGAUACCUGUGGUCAACAACUUCAUGGACCCGGGGCACGAGCCCGGCAAAGGGCUUUACUUUGCCGACGGGAAAAGGAAAGUGGACUAUGUGCUGGUCUACCAGUACCGGCGGCCGUCCUCAGUCCACGACUCACCUGGCCAGCACCGGCUCUCCGUCAUCUCCAAUGGCAGCUUCCCCCGAGUGGGCAGCAAAGAGCCCGAGGGGGUCAAGGAAGAGCAUGCGGAGGUGGUGCUGGACGUGGGACCUGCUGACCCGGCUGAGGGAGAAAAGCUCAUGAUCCGAGAGGAAUUUGAGGCGAACCUGAGGGAGGCUGGACUGGAGAUGGAGCGGGACAAUGAGCAUAAGGUCCAUGGUCAGGGCUUUAUCCGGGUACACGCUCCCUGGCAAGUUCUGAGCAGAGAAGCAGAGUUCCUCAAGAUCAAGGUGCCCACAAAAAAGAGCUAUGAGCUGAAAGAGGAGAAGGGUCUGUCGGGCACGAUGAGCACGAUAUGGAGGAAGAUGAACCAGCCAUUCCAGCCUAAAGUUCCCAACCUGCAGGAUCAGAGCCGCACCAAGUACCUCUCGCACAGCUUCUCCCGGGACAAGCUCCACCUGUACAACAUCGAGUCCAAGGACACGUUCUUCGACAAUGCCACCAGGAGCCGUAUCGUGUAUGAAAUCCUCAGACGUACCGCCUGCACGCGGACCUGCCAAACCAUGGGUAUCACCACACUCAUAGCUAAAGGAGUGUACGAUUCCGCCUUUCCCCUGCACGAUGGAGACUUCAAGGGAGAAAAUCAUAAUGUGCAAUCAGAAGACAAGAAUGACAGACAGCUCUUACAUGAUGAGUGGGCAAGAUAUGGAGCAUUUUACAAAUAUCAACCCGUUGACUUAAUCAGGAAGUACUUUGGGGAGAAGAUCGGCCUGUACUUCGCCUGGCUGGGUGUCUACACUCAGCUGCUGGCCCUGGCCUCAUUGGUGGGCAUCAUCGUUUUCCUGUACGGCUGCUUUACCAUCGACUCCAAUGUGCCCAGUCUGGAGAUGUGUGAUGAGAAGCAGAACUUCACCAUGUGCCCGCUGUGCGACCGAGCCUGCGAAUACUGGCACCUGAGCACAGCCUGUGGCACUGCCCGUGCCAGCCAUCUCUUUGACAACCCGGCCACGGUCUUCUUUGCCAUAUUCAUGUCCCUCUGGGCGGUCAUGUUUCUGGAGCACUGGAAGCGAAGGCAGAACAGUCUAAACUACAGCUGGAAUAUGACAGGAAUGGAGGAGGAAGAGGAGCACCCCAGACCUAAAUACGAGACCAUCCUCCUUCAGAAGAGGCAGAGGAAGAGAAGAAGCAGAAAGAAGAACAAAAGUGAGCCUGAGAAAAGUAUGGAGGAGAGCAACGAUCCGAGCAAGGACAAAUGGAGACAGUGGUUGCUGUCUGCCAUGACUACAGGGAACCCGCCUGGGGAUGAAAAGCUAACAUGGAAGGAUCGGAUGCCUGGAUAUUUCAUUAACAUCUCCUCCAUUUUAUUAAUGUUUGGAGUGACGUUCGCUGCUGUGUUUGGAGUCAUUAUGUACCGCAUCACUGUCUCUGCCCUGUUGGCCAUGAGCCCAGACGCCCAGAUCAAGUCCAACGUGCGGGUGACCGUCACAGCCACGGCCGUCAUCAUCAACCUGGUGGUCAUUCUCAUCCUGGACGAGAUCUACGGCUCUGUGGCUGUCUGGCUCACUGAGCUGGAGAUCCCGAAGACAGAGACUAACUUUGAGGAGCGUCUCAUCCUGAAAGCCUUCCUCCUGAAGUUCAUGAAUGCAUACGCUCCCAUUUUUUAUGUGGCCUUCUUCAAAGGGAGGUUUGCUGGCCGGCCUGGGGACUACGUUUACAUUUUCAAUGAUUACCGUAUGGAAGAGUGUGCUCCUGGAGGCUGUCUCAUAGAGUUAUGCAUUCAGCUCAGCAUCAUCAUGUUGGGGAAGCAGCUCAUUCAGAACAACGUCUUUGAGAUAGCCAUCCCGAAGCUGAAGAAACUCUUCCGCACGAUAAAGGAGAAGAAGAUGAUCCCGGAGGAGCGAGAAGAACAGGCGGGCCGAACUCUGCGCCAGUGGCACCUGGAUUACAACCUGGAGCCCUUUGAUGGUCUCACACCUGAAUACAUGGAGAUGAUCAUACAGUUUGGCUUCGUCUCCCUCUUUGUGGCCUCCUUCCCCCUGGCUCCACUCUUCGCUCUCCUGAACAACGUCAUCGAGAUCCGAUUGGAUGCUAAGAAGUUUGUCACUGAGCUGCGCAGGCCAGAUGCAGUGAGAGCGAAAGAUAUCGGAAUCUGGUACAACAUCCUGAGCGGCAUGGGCAAGUUUUCAGUCAUCAUCAACGCUUUUGUCAUCUCCUUUACAUCAGACUUUAUUCCACGACUGGUUUAUCAGUACAUGUACAGUGAGACCGGCACCAUGCACGGCUUCAUCGACCACACCCUGUCCUACUUCAACGUUAGCCAUUUCAAAGAAGGCACAGCGCCUUCUGGCUCCACCAUCACAGUCUGCAGGUACAAGGACUACAGAGAACCUCCCUGGUCAGGGACGCCAUACCAGUUCUCCAAACACUACUGGUCAGUUCUGGCAGCUCGACUGGCCUUCGUCAUACUCUUCCAGAACCUGGUGAUGUUUAUGGGCCUUCUGGUGGCCUGGGUGAUCCCAGACGUGCCCAAGAACAUCAGCGAGCAGCUGAAGAGGGAGAAGACGCUGCUGGUGGACGUCUUCAUGAACGAGGAGAAGGAGAAACUUCAGCUCAUCCAGAGUCUCUUCUCCAAAGAAGCCCCCCAGCCCCGACAGCCGCAGAUACAACAGUCCUCGCUGCCACAAGACGCCUCGGAACCACGGCUUCCCCUCCCAAACCUGACCCAGACCGGCGAUACCACAGAUGUCGGAGCCAGCAUCCCGUUAUCCAGCCGCUUCCGUACCCGCCCUCGCGCCGCCAGCUUCAGCCAGUUCACCCGCCAGGCCUCCAUGUCACCGCGCAGUGAUGCGGGCAGGCACACGGCCGUGUGAGCUUGGGACGGGGGGAGGGGUCAGCCAGGCCAAGCGGUCUUCAGAGUGCCCAGAGCGCUGGGAGUGGAGGACGGAGGUCCAUUAAGUUUCUUUAAUGUGGGCGGGGCAUGGCACCCUCUAUGCAGUGUUUUCUCACUGGAGCAAAAGCAAGAGAGGUCAUUAUUUAUCUAAUCCCUGUACUGUAAUGUCUGAAGCAUAUGUCCACGGGCGGCGUGUUGGAUUUUUAUUUUUUAUUUUUUAAUGUUUUGUUUUUUGACAUGCCCUCCCAGUCUGCGGAGGAGUCAAACUCAUCCCAGCCGCCGGGCAGAAGCUUCGUAGGAUGGCUUGCAGUCAUUCCAUGCACAGUUGAUGCAGACACUGGAGUAGAAAAUGGGAUUCUGUGGGAUUCAGUCUCUUGUCCAAGAGGGCCUCUCGCACAUUUUUAUGGAUUUUUUUUUUUUUCCCAUCUGUUCUUGAACUAAGAGGAAGAUGUUUUUAUGUUCCAUUUUUUGCACAACUCAAAAACUCAAAAACUCUAGUGCACAUCGGGCCCUGCUCAUGCGGUCAUUGCACAAUUUGUGAAACUGCACAAAUCACAAACUGCUUUGCAAAAUUUGAUGAGAUGUAGCGUAUCGCAGCAAAUAAUUAUAACCUUUCAUUUUCUCAGGUAACGACAUCACUGUAGGUUUUAUUUGUUUAUCUGAAUAAUGUGACAUCUCUUGGUUUAAUAGAGAGUACGAAACUUGUCAGUCAAUAAGGAGUUAAGAAACAAACAACUUGUAAUUUAAUGCACAAAUUGUAUUGUACAAUAAUCAAUACAUAAAUCAAAAUGAGUGUCAAAUCUUGUUAAUGAUUCUCUCUCUUUCUCUAUCUCUCGCUGUGAAAAAAUGCAAAUCAGUCCAUAAUUAGUUCAGUUUGCUUGUUGGAGACUAGGGGUUUGGGAAAAAAAUAUCACAUUUGUUACACUACAAUUUGGACAAAACAUAUUUCAGUAAGUCAAGAAACAUGCAAGAACAGAAAAAUCACAAACGCAUUAAAACUGGAUUCCUUUUCCUUUUAUCUCAGCUGGAGCUAAGCUUAGCAGGGUGUGUUGUUACUUGCUAAUAGCUUACAGUUUAAGGCAGCGGUUCCCAAACGUUUUUUUCUUAAAAAGACCCACCUGUAUCCACUUUCACUCAGUAUACUGUUCUUUUAUAAACAAUAAAAUUGAUGAGAUUGUGAAUUGA